CUUUCCUCCCGGCUCUUGCACUAACUCCCGCUCCGCAGGCGCCCCGGCCCGAGGGUCAGAGCAGGGCUUCUCCAAGUCGGCUCGUUUGAAUGAACUCUGCGCCGAGAUCGAUGAGCUCAAGCCCCAGGUGGCCACCAUCGCCGGUGAGAUUGACGACGUGAAGGAUUGGCUGCGUGGCACCCUGCGGCCGUCGCUGAAGAAGAAGAAUGCCCAGAUGGAUGCCCAGCUGGAGGAGAUCAAUGUCAAGCUGGCCACUUGCUCUUCCCUUUUGGAGACCCACAAGGCCGAGAUUGACGAUGUCAGCGCCAAGUAUUUUGCCCUGCACGGAGCAUCCGAGCAGAUGCGCAAUGAGUUCGAGCAGUUGAUCGAUAAGAAAACCACCGCCCAUGCGGACAAGCUGAGCCAGCAGCUGGCCAGCAUUCGUGCCGACACCGACUCCUUGCGCAGCCAAAUUGAGACCUUCACCCUGGACGUUGUCCGGCCGGAGGACCUCGAGGCGCACCUGUCCGUGAUCGAGGCCCGCCUGGAGCAGCUCCUUUUCAAGGAGGUGCGUCGACAUGCGGACCUGGUCGAGUCGGACAUGGCGGCCUUCGAGCUGCGUGUGACCGAGGGUGUCCAGGCGGCCGCGCGCAAUGUCGCCGAGAUGACCGCCCGCGAAGUGGCCUCCGCCAACUACAAGCAGCUGUCCGAUCUGAGCGACAGCCUUUCCAAUUCCAAGUCUGGCAAGAUCCUGUCCGACUCGCAGGCCGAGCUGGCCGCUUGGUUGUCGGAGCGCGGUCUGGAGCGCACGCUGCCGGCCCUGUCUGAGCUUGGCUUUGACUCGCUGUACACUUUGCGCUUCCUGCUGGAGGCGGAUUUGGAUGCUUUGCCGCCGGCAUCGGCCCUGAGCCCUGGGCAUCGCCGCGGACUGCUCAAGGCCGCUGAGGAACUCGCCCGCGAGGCGAAGUCCCCCGCUGCGCCGGCCGCCGCCCCUGUUGCUUCUGCCGCCCCUGUCCCCGCCGCUGCUACUCCGGUGCCUGUUCCGGAGCCGGAGCCGGAGCCGGAGCCGACCUUGGCCUCGGCCCCGCAAAAGCUCUCUCUCGCCAGCGAGUACAAGCCGGCCCUCAAGCAGUCCACGAGCUCGGUUCUCGCGGCAUCUUCUCCGGCUGAUCGGCCAGCUGCUUCUACGGCUGCCCAGCGCCCGGUCGGUCCCCGGCGUCCGGUGGCCACCUUCGUGGCGGAGUCCUCUGAGAGUGAGCCUGCCGACUUGUCUGACGGUGACCUGGGUUCGGAUGUUAGCAGCCUGACCGACUCGGAUGACCAGCUGGAAGAGGCGCCGGUUGUGGAUGUUGCCAUUCCGGAUGUGGCUGAGGUCCCUGUUGCGGCAGCUGCCCAGCCGCGUGUUACCCACGACAAGCCGGCGCCCCCGAAGCCCGUGGCCCAGAAGAAGCCGGUCCCGCCGAAGCCUGUUGUGUCCGCGAAGCCUGCCGUGUCCGUGAAGCCUGUUGCGCCUGUGAAGCCUGUCGAGCCUGUUGCCCCGGUCAAGCCUCCUGUCGAGCCUGCUGCCCCGGUCAAGCCUGUCGAGCCUGUUGCCCCGGUCAAGCCUGUCGAGCCUGUGAAGCCUGUCGAGCCUGUCGCCCCGGUCGAGCCGGUCAAGCCUGUUGAGCCAGCCAAGCCUGUCGCCCCGGUCGAGCCGGUCAAGCCUGUUGAGCCGGUCAAGCCUGUUGCCCCGGUCAAGCCUGUCGAGCCAACUGCCCCGGUCAAGCCUGUCGAGCCGGCCAAGCCUGUUGCCGCUCCUUCGCCAUCCAAGCCGACCGAGCAGGCCACUGCUCGGCCCAGUUGGCUGCGUGAUCGGCCGCCUGUCGCCAGCGCUGCCCUCGUUUGGUCCUCCUCCGACGAGGAGGACAACGAUGUCGGCAUCUUCUCGCCGAAGGCAAAGGCCUCCGCCGCCCCGGUCUCCACCGCCACCCAGCCCGCCACCUCUGCCCCUGCUCCGGCCUCUGUUCCCGCCCCGGCCGCCAAGCCCGUCGCCCCGGCCGCCAAGCCUGCUGCUGGUGUCCCCUCCUCGGCUCCGGCUCCCACGGCCACCGACCUCGACGCCGUGACCUACAUCCGCAAGGUCUUCCAGGGCGACGACCCGAGUGUGUCUUGGGUCCUGCUCAGCAUGAAGACCGGCGCCCCGGUGGUGGUGGCCACCGGCGCCGGCAACACCGACGAGAUUGUCCCCUACUUCCGUGACAACGAGGUCUUCUAUGGCUACCUUCGGACCCACAUCGGGGCGGAGAAGCGCAUCAAGCAUGUGCUCCUGCGCCUGGUCGGCGAGUCCAUCUCGCCGAUGCAGCGUGCCAAGACCGUCCAGGACACGGCUCUCAUCACCAAGGAGUACAUCACGUUCCACCACAUCGAGGUCAUCGCCAACCAGCCGGAGGACUUCAACCAUGAGCUGGUGCUGGACCUGCUGCGCAAGGCCGGCGGCGCCAACUACGACAAGCUGCAGAAUGUCGAUGUCGCGAACUCCGAUUCCGCCGAGCCCUUCGCCUUCAGCUCCAUGCACUCGUCGGCCAAGCAGUUCUACUCGCAGAUCGAGCCCGUCUACGACACCGGCCCCUUGUCCAUCACUCCGGUCGACCUGAGUGGAAGGGCCACCACCAUCAGCGCCUCGGCGCUGCGGACCAACCUGAAGUUCGAUUGGUGA